AUGGAAGUAUCACUUCCAAGAAAAGAUGAUCAUGAACAACAAGUUGAUAAUCUUCUAGAUUCAUUUCGAAGUCAAUUUUGGCUUGAUAAACAUCAAUGGUUUGUUCAAUGUCAUUGGAAGUCAAACAAUGAUCACAUUAAAGUACUUUUAUAUACUUUGCCUCAAUUUGUGAAAUCUGAUCCAAUAAAUCGUAAUAUAAUAAUUGAUGGUAAUUUUGAUGACUGGGUAGAUGUUCGAUCAUAUACUGACCCAGUGGAUAAUAUUGAUGGUACAGUUUAUCAAACAAGUCCAUGGUUUCCUUCAAUAAAAAUUCCAGAUUGUCAUGAUACAAUUACUAGAAUAUCAACUGAUAUACCAAAACAUAUUUAUAAUCCAAAUGUGAAUAUAAUUGAAUUUAAAAUAGCUCAUGAUGAUACAUCAUUAUAUAUAUAUUAUCGUGUCGUUGAUGAUGGAAUCAUUGGUAACACUUCAGUUGGACCGGGUCGAUUUGAUCCAAGUGAUCCAUCAAAACCGUCAGCUGGAAGGUAUUAUGUAGUAACAACCAUUAAUCUUGAUAUGAAUGACACGACAGGUUAUUGGUUAAAUGGAGGUGGUUAUUAUCCAACUGCACCUGGGUUUGAUGCAAAUUUUGAAAUUGAAUUCUAUAAUGGUUCAUAUAAUCAAGGUUAUUAUCUUGAUCAUGCUGCUAAUAAUACUAAUGAGACAAGAUAUAUAAGAGAAGAGAAUAUACAAAAUAAUUUUCCAUUUGGUCCUGCCUAUUAUGAUUAUUACACUGAAUAUGUUUAUUGGAAAGAAAAGCCAACUUCAGAUGAAAUCAAAAGAUGUUUAGAUGGACCAUAUGAGUUACCUACUCCAUAUGAUAAUCAUUACAUUUGUUUUUCUAAAGAUUGUGCACCUGGACCAUUCAAUGGCAUUGUAACUUAUGCGAGGAGUAGUAAAGGUAACGAAUUUGAAAUGCGAGCUCCAUUUUUAGGAUUUUUAAUAAACAAAGAUACAGGCUUGCCAACUUUACAAUUGGGAAUGACAGUAAACAUAUCAUUAUCAGCAGAGACAACUGCAGAAUAUUCAACACCACAAAAAUGGUGUUCGGAUACAACAGCAAUAAUUCAAUAUACAUUAUCAGAAAGAUAA